AUGAGCAACGAAGUUAGCCCCGAGAGUCCUCCAGCCUACGAUUCGAUCCUAAAAGAUGGCUCAGGAAUUCCCAUCGCUGGAGAAGCGGUGCCACAAACUCAGCAGCAGCAAGAGUACGCUGAAUACUGCGCCCAGCAAAACACACAACAGCCGGUAGUAGUAAACCAGCUACCAGAAGGGGCAGUGAUCGUGGAGCAGCAGCCCCAAGUUGUUGUGAUGCAGCAAGUCGGCCCGAAUUACUGUCAUUUUUGCAAGCAACACGUGACGUUUUACUACAGAUCCGGCUGGACCCCUGGGGCGAUCUGUUGCUGUAUCUUUUUCCCGCUGAUCGGCUGGGCAUUUCUAGCCUGCUCAGUUUCGAACAACUCUGGCCUUCACUGUCCACGCUGCCAUCUGCGGCAAGUCUAG